AUGAAAGCGACAACAGUCAGUCUCGAAGAACUCGCACAAGGGACGGUGCCCUUCGGCACACUGGAAGAGGCAUUCGGUGAAUCCUCCCUGGGCAUCCUCGUCGUCAAGGACCUACCCACCAGAUAUCCCCUCCUGCGCCAAAAGCUGCUGUCCUAUGCCUCGUACCUGGCCCAACUCCCCAAAGAGGACCUGGAUGCCCUCACGGACGCGGCAUCGCACUAUGAGAUCGGCUGGAGCCACGGCAAGGAGGCGCUCAAGGACGGACAGUACGACACCAUGAAGGGCUCGUACUACGUGGACUGCCAGUCCUUCUACCUCGAGAACCCCGUCGUUCCCGUCCCCGGCACGCCCGCCACUCGCGGAUCAGGGACGAACCUGUGGCCGUCGGAGUCGGUCAUGCCGGGCUUUCGCGCCACCUUUGAGGAAUUGUGCACGCUGCUGAUCGACAUUGGGGUCCUGGUCGCCCGCGCCGUCGACCGCUACGCUGCCAAGCACAUCCCUCAAUACCGGCCGGGGUAUCUCGAGCACGUCGUCAAGACCAGCCAUACGCCCAAGGCGCGGUUGCUGCACUAUUUCCCGCCGAACCAGAUGCACAGCCCACCCUCAUCUCCAUCCGCCGACUCUUCGGGUCCGUCAGACUCUGAGGAGGACUCCUGGUGCGCGACACACCUGGACGACGGGUGCCUGACAGCCUUAACAUCGGCACUGUACAUGGACGAGUCCUGCCCCCUGCCCCCACUGAGGGCCCAGGACAACUCGUUCUCCUUUGCGUCUCUGCCCACCCUGCCUACAUCCCCGGACCCCAAGGCAGGACUGUACAUCCGGUCACGGGGCGACCAGGUGGUGAAAGUCGAUAUCCCCGCGGACUGCAUCGCGUUCCAGACCGGCGAGGCGCUGCAGAUGAUCACGGACGGCAAGUUCAAGGCGGUGCCGCAUUUCGUGCGUGGGCCCAGCGGGGCGAGGAAGGCGGUGGCCAGGAAUACCCUGGCGCUCUUCAUGCAGCCGGACGUCGAUGAAGUGAUUGACAAGGACAAGGGGACUACGUAUGGCCAGUUUGUGGAGAUGAUUGUCAAGAGGCACUCAUAA